GGGGAUGGCCUUCGCUGUGUUAACGCGUGGGGGCGUCUGUUGUGGUGGUUGGCACGCGCGGUCAUCUAUAGGUUUGGGCGGCUGCGCGGUGAAUUUUUUAGCAGUGGAUUGGGGUUUCUGCAGGGGCUGUGGCCCUCGCAGCCCCCCAGCGUCGUGAAGCCCUGGCCGUCUGCCGUCCGCCCCGCGAUGGACCGCGGCAGCCUCCUGCCCUUCCAGCUCUGGUGCCCCCGGCCCUUCGGCACCUUCUCCCAGAACCAGCCGCGCCCCCCUGCCGCGGCCCUCAAGCCCUCCACCUGCUCCGAGCCCGGCCCCGGGGCGGAGCCUGACCAUGGCCCCGCCCACUCGGAGAACACGCCGCCCGCCUUGGCCGCCGAGACCCCCGCCUCCCAGCCCGGCCCCCUCCUCUCCGCGGCGGCUGCUGGGGACGAGGGCCGCGUGCUGCUGGACACGUGGUACGUCAUCAAGCCCGGGAACACGAAGGAGAAGGUGGCCUUCUUCGUGGCCCACCAAUGCGGCGGGGGCGGCCGGGCCAGCUCCAUGAAGGUCAAGGGCCACUGGGGCAGCGACAGCUCCAAGGCCAAGCGGAGGAGGCGCUGUCUCGAGCCCACCAAGGCUCCUCCAGACCCCGGGGGCCGGGAGGGCCCCCCCGCCGCCGAGGGAGGCCCCGCGUCAGCCGCUGAGGACGCGGACCUGCUCUCGGUGGCCGAGAUGGUGGCCCUGGUGGAGCAGCGGGCCGCCCUGGCCCUGCAGACCUACCCGCGCCCCGCCACCCCGGCGCCCGUGGUCUUCGUGUCGGCCGAGCAGGGCGGGCCGGCCAAGGGGCUGGGGUCCGAACGCCGGUCCGGUGGUGGCGGCGGGGAUUGCAGCCGGGUGGCCGAGGCCGUGGCCCACUUCGAGGCGCAGCGGGACAGCCCCCCAGCCAAGGGCCUCCGCAAGGAGGAGCGGCCGGGGCCCGGCCCCGGGGAGGUGCGCAUCGCCUUCCGCAUCUCCAACGGCCGGGAGCCCCGCGGGCCGGACGGCGGCUUGCCCAGUGCGGGCGGCGGCCGGCCUGGCAGUGCCUACCCGGGCAGCCCGGGCCCCGGCGCCCGGGCCAAGGACAAGAUCACCUGCGACCUGUACCAGCUCAUCAGCCCCUCGCGGGACGCGCUCCCCAGCAACGUGGAGUUCCUGCUGGCGCGCGCGGAGGAAGCCGGCGAGGCCGAGGCCCCAGCGGCCGCCCGGCCGGAGGACGCUCCCCCGGCGCCGCCUCCGCCCCCGGCCCGGGACUGCGGCGCGUCUGGCUUCCACGUGGACGUGGUGGUGACGGGCGUGGUGGACGAGUGCACCUUCUUCGGCAAGGACGGCACCAAGAACGUGAAGGAGGAGACCGUGUGCCUGACGGUCAGCCCGGAGGAGCCGCCCCCGCCGGGCCAGCUCUUCUUCCUGCAGGCCCGGGGGGCGGACGGGCCCCCCGAGCCGCCCCCCGCCGACGCGCCGGCCACGGCGCCGGCGCCGGACGAUGCGGAGGGGCCGGCGGACACCUCGCUGUGCCGCCUGUACCGGCACGUGUCCCACGACUUCCUGGAGAUCCGCUUCAAGAUCCAGCGGCUGCUGGAGCCGCGCCGCUACAUGCUGCUGCUGCCCGACCACGUGCUGGUCAAGAUCUUCAGCUUCCUGCCCACGCGCGCCCUGGCCGCGCUCAAGUGCACCUGCCACCACUUCAAGGGCGUCAUCGAGGCGUUCGGCGUGCGGGCCACGGACUCGCGCUGGAGCCGCGACCCGCUCUACCGGGACGACCCGUGCAAGCAGUGCCGCAAGAGGUACGAGAAGGGCGACGUGUCGCUCUGCCGCUGGCACCCCAAGCCCUACCACCACGACCUGCCUUACGGACGCUCCUACUGGAUGUGCUGCCGCCGCGCCGACCGCGAGACGCCCGGCUGCCGCCUGGGCCUGCACGACAACAACUGGGUGCUGCCGUGCGCCGGGCCGGCCGGGGGCCGCGCGGGCCGCGAGGAGGGGAGGUGAGGCCGGGCGCGGGCCGGAGCCCGCCUGCGCUGACCUCCGGGACGGGGCCCAGAGCCCGACCCUGGCGGUGUUCCGCUCCUCUGCCCCCGGCCGAGGCCCUCCGCGAGGGUUUGUUUUUUUUUGUUUGUUUGUCAGCAUCUCAGUCUCCUCCCAUCAGCCUCGACUCCCUCCCUGUCAAACUCCCCACCCCAGGGAGCCGCCGCAGGGAGCAGAUGGCAGCUACUUUUGGUACCACUCAAGGGUCCCCCCUCCGGACCUCUCCCCCAGUCCUCUCUCUCCCGGGAGGCCGCGGGUCUGCAGCAGGGCCCACCUCCUGGCUGGGCUCUGAGGGCCCUCGGGGCACAGCCACUGAGGCCUACAAGGAAGUAAAAGACCCCUGGCUACCACUCUCUCCCCUUCCUUAAAGGGGAAGAGAAAAAAAUUCUCAGUGUAGAAAUCCCCCUCCUCCCAUUAUUUAAGCUUUCGCCGGCGCCCCCAAAGCUGUGAAGCCCCUUUGCCAGCUCUCGGACAGAGCAGGGCCAGAGGGCCGGGGCAGGGAGAGUGCGCGGUCUCUCCUUCCACCCCGGGUACCUGUGGAGGCGUUGGUGGCCCAGCCUCGUGUGUGGGUUUUUUUUUUUUUUUUUUUUUAAAGAAUCCUUUAACUGGGACCUUGAUUUUCAGGCGGUUUGGUUUGGGGGUAUCUUUGUUCUGGGUUGGUUUUGUGUUUUCACCAUUGUGGUUCUGGAAGCUUCUAGCGUGUGGCAUCUGACCA